UCUACACCCUACUUGCUUACCUCCUCUUACAGGUACCCACUUACUUACACACACGCGCGCGCGUGGAGAGAGACCUCCAGCAUCUAUACGUACACACAUACUCAUACAUACCCCCUACGGUAAUAGGGACAGAUAUCCCGCCGCCUCGCCGUGUCCCGCUUUCCGCGGUGUGGGAAGAUGUCUACGGUAUGGCGACAAGCAAACUACACAGCAUAUACGUAUGCAUAGCUGGACAAGCCGUGUCGCAGUUAUAUUAUAGCAUACGCGGAACCGUAGCGGCUCACUAUCGUCAUGGGACAGACCCCGUCCUCUCGCCCCUCGUUGUCGUCCGGGCCCUCGUGAGCAAUCCGCUUCACACCCUCUUCGACCCGGCUCGUCGACGUAACGUCAAAUGACCCAGCCCACCAUCCUACGGUCGGCCGGCACGGCACGCGCCAUGCGAGUCACGGGAGCCUGCUCAUACACGCAACAUAGAUAUUAUCUUCUCGCCUUCGAACCUGAACUAGAGCCACCGGCUUCCCGGCUGGAGGGCACGCCAUGUAGCGAUUCCGAGAGACGACGUCUGCACGUAUUUCCGGCACGUAAACCGUCGAUGCAUCGCAGAGAGGGGCACCGGCCUGGGAACAGAAAAAAGGGGGAGGGGGUGGUUUGGGGAGCCCCGCCGCGAGUUGGGGCGAGAGAGCGGCUAUCGAUCCCUCCACUCGUCCCCUCUCCCACUCUCGGUCCCCCUCGAUCCAUCCGUCCACGUCCAUACACCCAUACCUACCUACCUGCGUACACACCAGCAAAAGGCGUGAAACAUGCCUGCGCGGCGCCUCCAUCAUACCCACAGGGUUCCAAACAGCGGCCGCCUGCCAGACGAACCACGAACAAAGGUCAUGGUCUUCAUCUGCAGGGGGCAACAUUGGGUUACCUAUUUGUGUGGGCAUCGAUUGAUCUGUCCAUGUGCAAUGCUGACCAUCGAUCCCGAACGGGCUUGGCCUCUCCGUCUCGUUCUCUUUUUCUCUUCUUCUCAUUCUCGUCUCUCUCCCUUCCUCCGCCUCCUGCCGGGUCCUCUCCGAACGUCGGAGAUUCGUCGACAGCAGAUGUUAGGAACAUGGCUUGCUGGCAGCCUUGACUCACCUGUGUAUGUAUAUGCACACACACACACACACGCAUACGCACACGCGCGCGCGCCCACACACACACACACACACACACACACACACACGUACAUAUCUGCGUGCAUACGAACGUACGUACACACGCGCGCGCGCACACGUAUAUACAUAGCUCACCUCCCAAGCGUC